GAUUGACAUAUUCUUAUGGCUACUACUUGCGUUGCGUAGAAAAUGCUAAAAACGUCUAAUUUUUCAUUCUUUAACGAUUGAAUAAUAAAGAGAAUAAUAACGAUGAGCGAUCGCUACAAAGAACACAAAGGGUCUUCGCGAUCAGCGCGUGAUGAUUAUAGAAAGCACAAGCAGAGAGAUGGGAGGUCGAGAUCGAGAUCGCGGUCUCCUAGGCGGAAUCGCUCACCAGCAUCCAGCUUCACCCACUCGGAGAGGCCUAAUAAAAGUCGAGACAAGGUAGAAAUCGAAGAAAAGAACCAUUAUGCCGGUGAUAAUUGGGAGGAAUCUGAUGAAGAAGUACCAGCGCCGCCGCCUCCUCCACGCAUCAGCAAGAUCUCGAUUGGUUUUUCGAAACCUAAAGCACCAAUUAAGAUGACUCUUGGUGCGACAUCAAAGGCUAUAGAGAAACCGAAACCAACGGUAGCGUCAGUGUUCAAUGCUGAUGAUGAUGAAGAACCUGAGGAGAUGCCGGCGGAGGCACGGAUGAGAAUGAGGAAUAUUGGCAGGGAAACACCAACAUCAGCUGGUCCAAAUUCAUUUGGGAAGACGAAACAAGGUUUCUGUGACGCUAAGAAAGUGUUUGAGAAAAAUCUAAAGCAAGCACUGGAAACAGCAGACAAGCCACAAAUCAAAUUUCCACAGACAAUUUAUAAAAUAAAAGGACCAUGAUAAUUGAUUUAAAAUACGUUGUCUAUGUAUUAUUGUAAUUUAUGUAUGUUCAUUAAUAUAUAGAAUGUAAUCAUUUUAUUGAUGUAUCUGGAUUAGAAAAAGCUCAUUUAAGGCCUGAUUAACGGGUUGACGAUAAAGCUAUCUAGCUUAUAAUGGUAUUAAAUAAUUAAAAGUUUUUAUAUAUAUUUUCGCCAUCAAACUGCUUUGUCUGUCAAAUAUUGUUUGCAUACAAAAAGUUAUAGUAAUUGAGUUGAGGUGAAAUGGUCUGUUAGUUUUUUAGCUUGUUUCAUUAAAUCGUGCUGGUAGAAACUAUCAGCUUAUGUGCGAGAUAAACUAUCAGCAACUAGCAAAAAAGGUUCUUAGAUAUACUUGCUGUAGAAUUAUGUGUCACUAUUAAAAUAGAUCUACAUUUCUUUUUUUGUGUCGCUCUAAACAAAAAACAAUUUCAUAAAUUUUAUUCAGCACAUGUUUUAUCUGAAGUGUUUAUAAUAAACUAGUUACAUUAAUCA